AUUCACUGCCGUCGAAUCCAUUCUGAAACAGCCGACCCGGCGAAACCAAUGGCCUCCGGCCACAGCCCCCCGCCCGACUCUUCCACACCCGCGCCGCAAUCCGCUUCGCUAGUCGGCUACUCGCGACGUAGUACAUCCUAUUCACUCACGCCCACGCUGGCCGCCGCCGCAUCCUUGCUCUUGCUCGCGUCGCGCCCGCCUCGGCCGCGUCCCGCCUCCGCCCCACGCUGGCGCCCGCCGGCCGUCCUUGCUCGCCGCCGCCACCCGACUACCGAGGUCGGCCCCCUAGGUGUUGCUGCUUCAAUACGGCGGCGGUGUGGUUCUGGAAUAGUUGUGGUGGGAAAGGCUGGAUUUUCGUGUCCGGUUGGGAGGAUACUCGGCCUGGUCACCCAUGAUUAACUCUGCUAUGCGUCUCACCAUUUCGUUUUGGAGGAUUGGAUCAAGGUAGAUAAUACGAGGACCUGAGCUUGAUAAGCAGCUGGGUAUUUGGUUCGAAGGUGUGGAUCCAGACUGAUCCCGUUAUUUCUACACCAUGGAGGGUGUGCGGAGCAUAGAAUCUCUGGCUGCUGGUGAUGGCCGGCAUAACCUUUUACGAACCCUUGGGCCGACACUCCUGAUUUCAAUGGGGUAUAUUGACCUUGGAAAGUGGUUGUCGACUGUAGAUACUGGAUCUCGGUUUGGGUAUGAUCUUGUGCUGCUGGUGGUACUUUUCAAUUUCACAGCCGUUCUAUACCAGUAUCAGUCAGUUUGUAUCGGCAUGGUCACAGGGAAGAAUCUUGCAGAGAUUUGCCACCAGGAGUACAGUAAGACAAUCUGUUUUGUUCUUGGUCUUCAGGCAGGACUGUCCUUAUUUACUGCAGAACUAACCAUGGUUGCAGGCAUAGCAAUUGGGUUCAACCUUGUGUUUGAAUAUGGUGAUGUCAUUACAGGCAUAUGUUUUUCAAGUGUUUUAGUUAAUCUGCUACCAUACACUGUCUCCCAUCUGGGCAAGAGGAUGGCUGGAACAUUCAAUGCUUGCCUUGCAGGCUUUGCGCUUCUUUGUUUCGUUCUAGGUUUGUUAGUCAGUCAACCAAAAGUCUCCAUCAAUAUGAAUGUGAUGUUCCCCAAGUUGAGUGGUGAGAAUGCUUACUCACUGAUGGCACUUCUUGGCGGAAAUGUAAUAGCACACAACUUUUAUGUUCAUUCAUCAGUGGUUCAGAUUCAAAGAAGAUCUCCAGCUCCUACCCUUGGUUCCCUGUUCCAUGACCAUCUGUUUUCUCUAUUAUUCAUAUUUACUGGGGUUUUUCUUGUGAACUAUAUUCUAAUAAGCUUGGCGGCAGAUGAAUCCACUAACAUAGUACUCAGCAGCUUUCAAGAUGGUAUAGAGUUAAUGAACCAGAUGUUUGUGAGUCCUGCAGCGCCAGUUGUGUUGUUAGUGAUCCUUCUCUUUUCGAGCCACAUCAUCUCAUUGACAUCUAUUAUUGGUAGUGAUGUGAUUUUAAAGAACUUUUUUGGCGUUAAACUGCCUCAUUCUGCGCAUCAUCUGCUACUUAAGGGCUUCGCUGUGAUUCCUACUAUCUACUGUGCAAAAGUCGCAGGUUCUGAAGGGGUAUAUCAGUUACUUAUUAUUUGCCCAGUUAUCCAGGCUAUGUUCGUUCCUUCAUCUGUUAUCCCCCUUUUUCGUGUUUCCUCAUCAAGAUCAAUAAUGGGCAGCUACAGGAUAUCUUUGUAUGCUGAAAUAUGUGCUGCUCUUGCAUUUCUUCUUAUGCUAUUUACAAAUAUCAUUUUUGCGGCGGAAAUCUUGUUUGGUGAUAGCACCUGGACAAACAACCUCAAAGGAAACUCUGGAGGCCUUGUAUUAAUUCCAUAUACCGUCAUGGUCCUAAUUUUAUCUGGAACUAUUGCUUUUACGCUGUUCCUUGCUGUUACUCCACUGAAGUCAGAAAGUAAUGAAGCUGGAACUCAGGAGUUGUCUGUGCACCCACAGAGAGAAACAUCGGACAUUACUCAUCAUAGAGAAGAGACUUAUCUGGAAAAUGUUGCGCAUGAAGAGGUUCAUUGGCCUUCUGUUCCAAAGGAUUCAUUGGAAGGACAUGAGAAAUCAGCUUUGGGGCAUACAGAGAGUUCUGAAAUCUCUACAGAAUCUGAUCAUGAUGCUCAACCACCAACUGCUCAUAGGGAAAUCAAUCCAGAAGCUCACCCCACACCAUCUAUAUUCUGUGAGGAGCCAAAAUCUGUUGAAGCUGAUUUGACAGGGCCAAUAUCAAAAGUUUGUACUGAUGCCAUAGUAGAACAAAGUACCGCAGACAAUAUCAAAGUGGAGAGGGCAACUGAGAAGAUUGUUCAAGUAGAAAUAGAUUUUUUCACACAGAAGGAUACUGAUGUUUCACAUGAUUUGGAAUUUGAGAAAUAUCCUGGAGGUAAGGCACCUUCUUUCACUUCUGAUGAUCCACCUUCUCUUACACUGAGCAGGGGGAACACUGAUGCUGGUAAUGUCAGUGGUACUGAUACCCUCUCAAAACAGCCUGGACUGGGCCGCGCAGCAAGGAGGCAGUUAGCAUCAAUUCUUGAUGAUUUCUGGGGGUGUUUUUUUGAUUAUCACGGUAAGCUUACGCAAGAGGCCAGCACUAAAAGGGUCAGCUUUUUUAUUGGACUGGACUUGAGAGCAGCUGGUUCUGCUGUGAGAAAAGAUAAUCUGUCCAUUGAAGCCUACAGGAGCCCCAUGAUGAGAGAUGAGAUGCGUGGGUCAGCUACUGCACUGAACAAAUGGGACUCUAGUGAUAAGGAACUCUCUAAUCCAGACCUGAGUUUUGGGCUCCAGAUGGGUGCCAUGGGUUCGCCAAGCUGGUCUCAAGGCACGCAUUUACCAAACAGAGAUAUUCCCAGUUCUGGCAGAACCUUCAUUGAGCAAAAUGCUGAACUUUUUUCCAAUUUCCAUGCACCAUCUUACUCAGAUAACCAGUUUUAUCAGCCUGCUACCAUUCAUGGGUAUCACCUAGCAAACUAUUUAAAAGGCAUGGAUGCAAGUCGAAAUCUGCAGUCAAGCACUCAACUGGACCCACGCCGACUUCCUAGAUCUUCUGAAUCUGCUAUUACUGGCUCUACGAUGAAUCCUCGUAACCAGGAUGUGCUUGGAUCACUGGGACCUAGCUCUAUGCAAAGCCCAACAUUGAACCGCUUAACUACAAUGGCAGUGGAUAGAUCUUAUUACGAUCCUACCUACGUUGGUGAGAGUGUAGGCUCAUCUGCUUACUCAAAGAAGUACCACAGUUCACCUGACAUAUCUAAGGUUAUUGCUGCAAGCAGAAAUGCUUUCUUGGAUGAAGCAAAUUUGGGCGGUCCUGCUGCAAAUCUGUCAUACCUUAGUAGGUUGGCAUCUGAAAAAUCACGGUAUAUGGACUCAGCGGGCGGGUCCUCAUCUCCAUUUAACAUGCUCUCACAACAUAACGCUCAGAGAGAGAACUCUAUGCAGUCGAGUAUGAAUAUCAACACCAAAUCCCUUUGGGCGCAGCAGCCAUUUGAACAAUUGUUUGGUGUGCCAAGUGCAGAGUUGAACAAAAGAGACGCAAACACUGCCCGUGGACCAAGUAGUGCCACAAAGGAGGAUUUCUCUUACACAGUGGUUGAGGCAGAACUCGUUAGCUCUCUUAGAUUUUGCAUCAUGAAGCUGUUGAAGCUGGAAGGAUCGGGUUGGCUCUUUGGUCAAAACGGCGGUUGUGAUGAAAAUCUAAUUGAUCAAGUCUCUGAAGCCGAGAGAGUUUCACAAGAAAAAACAAGUGAUGACAGAGACGCCAAUGCCAUGUGCAGAGGGCCCAAUUGUGGAGAUUAUUGCAUUUGGCAGGCUUCCCUGGUUGUGAGUUUCGGUGUCUGGUGUAUCCAUCGGGUGCUAGACCUUUCCCGUGUGGAAAGUAGGCCAGAACUUUGGGGGAAGUAUACUUACGUUCUCAACCGUCUUCAGGGAAUCAUUGAACCUGCAUUCUCCAAGCCCCGGAAACCCCUAACGGGGUGCGCCUGCCUCACGAACGCAGGCACGGUUGGCAAGCCCAUCCCCGGCAGCUUCACCACGGCUGCUGAGAUCCUGGAGGUUAUCAAGGGCGUGGAGCAGGCUGUCUCUGGCCGCAAGGGCCGGAGUGGCACGGCAGCUGGAGACGUCGCCUUCCCCAAGGGGAAGGAGAACCUGGCCUCCGUGCUCAAGCGAUACAAACGUAGGCUCUCCAGCAAGACGCUGGCAGGGCACUAGAACAGGGGGGGGGGAGGCCAUAUUCUUGCAUGCUGUUUUUGCAGGCCGACUUAGCCAUUACAGGCUGUCAGGCUGUGUGCUAUUUUGCUGCUUCUAGUGUCAUGGGUUGCAAGAUUUUCCUUUGCUCCUUUUUUGGCCUCUGGUCCGUCCCAGUUUUUGCAUUUGAUGUUCCCAACAAGCGGCCGAGGGUUGUCCGAUGUACGUCAUGAGUUGUUGUUUCCUGAAGCAGACCUGUUGUAAAAAUGUACAGUUCAGUGUAA